CCCACAUAUUCACCCUGUAUUAACACAUACAGCUGCAGUACUUUUACAUCCAGACUUACACAAACGAUGAUCUAGCUUUCUUGGGACUGCUCGCUUGAAUUCUGCACAAUUACAAAAGCUGCUGUCCUGUUGACCUCCUCCCCUCCCCUGCUGUGAUGCAUUCACUGGCUCAGGAGAUCCAGGGCUUCUCCAAAAGCAACCUGAAGAAACAGAGCACCUAUGUUACCACGGUGAUGGGCAGGAGGAUGCUGGAGAGGAGGAGUGAUGAAGGAGACGGAGAGGAGCAGGUUGAAGAGCUGGUGGAAGGGAGUGGAUGUGGAUUUGUAGAAGAUGAAAGACUGGACCUUCAAGUUGGUGUCAUUAGACCCUUUUUACUACUAGCCUCUCAGGAUGCAGCCCACGACAUUGACACCCUGCAGAGAUAUAAGGUGUCUCAUGUGCUAAAUGUGGCCUACGGAGUCGCUAACUUGUUCCCGGAUCAGCUGGUUUAUAAGACGCUCCAGAUUCUCGACCUCCCAGAGACAGACAUCACUUCCUAUUUCGGGGAAUGCAGCGCCUUCAUAGAUGAGGCCCGAGAAAAGGACGGUGUGGUGCUGGUCCACUGUAACGCCGGCGUGUCACGUGCCUCCUCCGUCGUGAUUGGCUACCUGAUGUUGAAGGAGGGGCUUCCGUUUGAUGAUGCGUACGGCCAGGUGAAGCUGGCGAGGCCUUCCACUCGCCCCAAUCCCGGCUUCUAUCGACAACUGCAGAACUACAAACCAUAAGAGACUGCAAAUUUAUUUAUUUUACAACUUUAAAAACAAGCCUUAAAAAACUAAAACACCCAAAGUCCAGCACACUAAAGUUGCCAAAGUUGCAUAACUGUGAUGUUUUAUUAUUAAGAUUAAAGAUGACGGAAAUGGAGACAGAUUAUUUAUUCUUUUGAUUUUCCUAUUUGUGUCAAAAUUUGGGAUUUUUCCUUUUAUUUUGCAAUAAAUGCGAUCACAUAAUCUUUUUCUUUUUGUGUUAUUUUUAGUCAUGAAUGUAUUUUUCUAAAAUAUAGUUGUUAUCCUUUCUGUUGUUCUCCUGUCG